AUGUCGUCAACGGAAAUAGAAGCGAAUUUAAAAGGUGGCACAGUGAGUACAGAUAUUCUCACUUCUGAAGAGAGUGGAGAAAAAGAGGAACUCGAGGCUGUAAAUGAUCAGCAAAGAAAACAAAAUGAAGAAGACGACCACGACACUGACCUUGAAAUCGAUGAGGAGAAGGAAGAGUUUGACGCAACCGGGCGGAAAGAGUACCUUGAAGUUUGUAAAUGCCUAGAGAUAGUUCCGUCUUCCUACUUCCUGAGACAUAUGCAAGACAGUGUCCUUUCACUCGGACAUCAUGGGAUAGGCAGUUUGGGGGCUAAGGCCAUCUCCUUUCCUCUCAUGAAGAACACAGCAGUCAUGAAAUUAGACCUGCAGGACAAUAGGCUUGAGGGAGUUGGUGGCGAUAGAAUCGCCAGGAUGUUGAAGGAAAACUGCUUCAUCACAGAUCUGGAUAUCUCAGAAAACAGGCUAGGGAGCAGGGGACUGAAGUCAAUCUGCAGGAUGCUGACUGUCAAUUCAACAUUAAAGAGAAUUAAUCUUUCCGGAAAUCAUUUUUCUGAUCAGGACGCUGGUUACCUUUUCAGCGCUAUAGGCGAGAACAUGGGGCUUAAAGACGUAAAUCUGAGUCAUAAUGAGUUCUCGGACAAUGCCGCCGCCGUUCUAGGACAAGCGCUAGCUGUUAAUGAGUUCAUAGAAUAUCUGGAUCUGAGUUGGAAUUUCUUCAGACGUGGAAGUACUCAUAAAUUAUGUGAAGGAAUCUGGAGCAAUUGCAGGUUGAAAGAGAUUAAUUUCGCCAUGAACGGUUUCGGAGACGAGGGAGCGCUCGCCGUGGCCGAGGUUUUGAUGAGAAGCACAACCCUUUAUGUGAUAGAUAUUAGCUAUAACCGAAUUUCUACAACAGGAGCUUCUGCGAUCGGCAAGGCGCUUGAGCAAAAUGAUGCUUUGCGGAUUCUAAGGAUUGGUCACAAUCCUUUAGGCAUGGAUGGAGCUAAGAGCGUGCUGAACGGGGUGGCUUUUGAAAACUGUGUCGUUACUGUUUUAGACAUGUCGGGUGUCGAAGUUGAUAGAGAAUUCAGAGAUACGAAGCAAAUUAUCCAGGAAAAAAAAGAAUUGGAGGUGUUCCAUGGACUCGUUCUUGGUGAUAAUAAAAUAACAUCGAAUCCCUUAAAAGAAAACGGCAACACUCUUCUCAUAAAUUAGCUGUCGAAAACAGGGAGACAACCAGUGAACAAUAUUUAUAGCCAAAUAAAGAAUUAGUCAUGUGAUAAAUCAAUCAAUUAAUAGAUUUGUUUUUCCAAACACUCAAUUACCAGGAUAGGGAUCGAUGACGAGGCUGAGGCGGUAUGUUUCCCUGAUUUACAGCGCUCAUUUCUCCUGAGAGAGGAAACCGCCGUGAGCCGUUCCUUGUUUCUGGGACAUUAAAGAGUGUGUGGGAUUAUAUUAUUGUACCACCAGCCAAUCAAUUGACUAGAAAAACACCAGCCCGCUGUCUCUCACUACAGUCAUCAAUUAUCUUCUCUGGUGGUUCUAAUAUACUGAGUAAGUGAAAAUAUUACACCGGAAACAGGCCGAGGUAUGAUGCCUUGACGGUUUACCGAAGAACUGAUUAUUUAACUACGCGAUAUUUUAUUCCUUUUUUUCUCCUUAUUUUUUGUUUUUCGCAUCAAGUGCUUUAUUUAUAAACUUAUUUACAAUUUACACAUAAAACAUUUAGAAAGAAAAAUC